UAAAUAAAUGCUGUGUACAUGUAGUAAACGCGUUGCUGCCACUCCUACGUGCGUGGAAUAGACGUUUGUGUUUUAACUUUAUUGAUCAGAGAGGGAAAAUGAUGAGACAGACAGGAGGGGCCCACACGGGGAAACCGGAAGCAGCAGAAUGGAGUUUGAACCGGGAGUCGGAGUUGCGCUUCGAAGUGGACACUCCCGUUAGCAUCAAACUACUGGAAGGAGUUGCAGAGGUGUUUGGCUCAGAGAUCCCUCCAAACAAAACCCUCACUUUUGACUCUGGGUCAAAGGUUGCUGUGUUUACUUGGCAUGGAUGUAAGGUGCAGCUUGAAGGGGAAGCGCAGCUUGCUUAUGUGUCUACUGAGACGCCUAUGAUUACGUAUUUGAAUAUACAUGCGGUGUUGGAAAAAAUGAGGGAGAAGGCUGAAACAUCGGGUGACGAUGGGCCGAGAGUGCUCGUUGUGGGAUCUACAGACGUUGGCAAAACAACUCUCUGCCGUCUCCUCCUUAACUAUGCCAUACGUUGGAAUCGUCGUCCUGUAUUUGUUGACAUCGACUGUGGCCAGAACUCAAUCUUAGUCCCCGGUACGAUUGGUGCUCUCCCGAUUGACAAGCCAGCAAGCAUCGAAGGAGGAGAAUUCGCAACGUCCGCACCUCUUGUUUACCAAUACGGAUGGAUAUCACCCGACAGCAACAAGCAACUCUACAAGGUGCUCAUCACAGAAAUUGCUCGGGUAGUCAGCGAACGAGCAAAGACGAUCGCAGAGUCGCGAAUAGGCGGAUGCAUAAUCAACUCAUGUGGUUGGAUUGACGGAUUUGGUUUCGAGGCGUUAGUACACGCGGCGAAGGCUUUCAGAACGAACGUCAUCCUCGUGCUCGAUCAAGAGCGUCUCUAUAACCAACUAAAAAUGGUGUUUGAUCCCAGUCGGGUGGACCAAGACGUACAAGUCGUUUUGUUGCCGAAAUCUGGCGGCGUAGUGGCGAGGAGCAAGGCGGCUCGACGCCAGAGUCGUGAUCAGUCAGUUUAUCGUUAUUUUUACGGCACGAGCCGAGAGCUGUUCUUUCCACACUCGUUUGACGUCAAGUUUUCUGAAGUUCAGAUCUAUAAGAUUGGCUCUCCGUCUGUGCCUGCGUCAUGUUUGCCGAUUGAUACAAAGCAAGACGAUCACGAAACGAAGCUUGUUUCCGUUGAUCCUAGUCCCGAUCUUUUACAUACGUUGUGCGGACUCAGUCUGGCGAACAGCCUCGACGAGGAUUUGGUUCGAACGAAUCUGGCCGGGUUUGUGUGCAUUACGGACAUCGACAUGGACAGACAAGUGUUUACUGCUCUAGCUCCUGCUCCGCAUCCCUUGCCUCGCCGUUUUCUUCUACUAAGCUCGAUACGAUUUAUGGACUUGAAAUAAAUCGGUAUUAUGUAUCCUUUGUGUUGUGUGUGCAUAUUAUGUAGAUACGAUGCAAUAGUGAAUGUAUUUCAAAU